AGCGGAAAAAUAAAUCUAGAGCCGCCCCCGCCCCCGCCCCCAACUCAAUUGCUUAGACGAAGAUAAUGCGGCUCUUGCUGCUGCUGGGACUGUUGGGACUGUUGGCUCUGGCCUUGGCCAGGCCCAAGCAGAUGCUGCUGAUCGACUCGGCUCCCUCGGUCGUCUCGUACCAGGGCUCCUCGCAGACGCACACCCGCUUUGUCAUUGCGCCGAUGGGCCGUGCCCUGGGCUAUGUGGAGCCCACGAAUGUGAAUCGCACCUUUCAUACGAACUCCAGCUCCACUAGCCUCUCAGCUGGCCAUGAAGCACUCCAAAUUCGACCCGUCUAUGUGCCCUGAGAGURUUKGUAGUCGAAUGUCAUUGAGCUAGGCUGUGUGUUAUACGUAUACGUACAUAAGUAUUGUCAGGGGUACGAACCUACUCGGAAAUAUACUGAAAUAACCUAAAUUUUA